GGGUUCGCUCGGACCAAUGGGCGCUUAGGACGUUGAGGCUAAGCUUAUAAAUAACAAGGUGACAAUUUUUCUCGGCUUACAUUCAUUGACUGCCGCUGUGUGCGAGAGCAGCUAACCACGGACCCUCCGAAAGCCGAACAGAACCGGUUCCAGCCAUGUAUGCCUGCGCCAAGUUUGUCACCUCUCCUGCUGUGCUGCGUGGGGGGUCCAGAGUCCUCGCCCGGCCAGUCUCCGUUUCCCUCUUCAACAGACCUGAAGCCACAGUGGAGCAGCAGGCCUUGUUGCCCCUCAGCCAGUCUGUAGUCCCGACCCGCUCCUUCCAGACCAGCGCCGUCUCCCGAGACAUCGACACUGCCGCCAAGUUCAUUGGUGCUGGUGCUGCCACAGUGGGUGUGGCUGGCUCAGGAGCAGGAAUCGGAACAGUGUUCGGCAGCCUCAUCAUCGGCUAUGCCAGGAACCCUUCCCUGAAGCAGCAGCUCUUCUCCUACGCCAUCCUGGGUUUUGCCUUGUCUGAGGCCAUGGGUCUCUUCUGUCUGAUGGUGGCAUUCCUCAUCCUGUUCGCUAUGUAAACGUGGAAACGCCCAACACCUCUCUACCUUUCACUUAUACCUCCUUCCCUGUCUCUUUUCCCCCUCCUUGCUCCCUUCUCCCUCCCUUCCUUCCAUCUGAAGAGGUGGGGGAGUUUUCCAGAAUGGGAACUCUGAACAACUGAUAGGCCAUUCCAAUCAACAGGGGGAAAAUAUGAAACAUCUGAGGUUAACAAACCUCCAAUCCUACAUUUUUAUGUUCCUACUCUAAUGUUUGUGUUUCUGAAGUUUUAUGUAAGAUCUGACUUCGGUUUAAAAAAAUCUGUCCAAAAUAAACUGUUGGGAUUACUUAA